CCCCGCCUCCUCCAGUCCCUCCACUCCCCGUACCCAGGAAGGCCGUGUGGGUUUCGAGCUCUGCUUUCGCUUUCCCUUCCUGGUACCCACUCCUGGCUCCUCGUGCGGUGCUCGGCCCCCGGCCCCAGCCAUGGCCACGCUCAGGGUCCAGCCUGAAGCCCAAGCCAAGGUGGAUGUGUUUCGUGAAGACCUGUGUAGCAAGACAGAGAACCUACUUGGGAGCUAUUUCCCCAAGAAGAUUUCUGAGCUGGAUGCAUUCUUAAAGGAGCCGGCUCUCAAUGAAGCCAACCUAAGCAAUCUAAAGGCUCCACUGGACAUCCCAGUGCCUGAUCCAGUCAAGGAGAAAGAGAAAGAGGAGCGGAAAAAACAACAGGAGAAGGAAGACAAGGAUGAAAAGAAAAAAGGGGAGGAUGAAGACAAAGGUCCUCCUUGUGGCCCAGUGAACUGCAAUGAGAAGGUCGUGGUCCUCCUACAGCGCCUAAAGCCCGAGAUCAAGGAUGUCAUUGAGCAGCUCAAUCUGGUCACUACCUGGUUGCAGCUACAGAUACCUCGGAUUGAGGAUGGGAAUAAUUUUGGAGUGGCUGUCCAGGAGAAGGUGUUUGAGCUGAUGACCAACCUUCAUACCAAGCUGGAAGGCUUCCAUACUCAAAUCUCUAAGUACUUCUCAGAGAGGGGUGAUGCGGUGACGAAGGCAGCCAAGCAGCCCCAUGUGGGGGAUUAUCGGCAGCUGGUACAUGAGCUGGAUGAAGCAGAGUACCGGGACAUACGACUGAUGGUCAUGGAGAUCCGUAAUGCUUAUGCUGUGUUAUAUGACAUUAUCCUGAAGAACUUUGAGAAACUCAAGAAGCCACGUGGAGAAACAAAGGGGAUGAUCUACUGAGUGCCUCCUCUCAUUCUGUGAUGGCUACAGCAGAGACCUGCCUGCUUCUCACCAGGCACUCCACACUUUACCCUACCUUCCUCCUGCUGGGGUUUCUCCCUCACUUUGCCUCCCAAACACAAUAAAUAUAUCACUGCCCACCA